CUUAACUCAGUCAAGAACAAAGUUCGUUCGGUCUCACUUACACGAUGAAGAGUUUAAGUCGGCCUGCGGUUUCUAUAGUUUCGAUCCUCUUAAUUUUUUACAUUGGCUACUCUUGGGCUAGAUCAUAUCAGGUAAAAUAUUUAUUUUCAAUAUUGUAAAGGAUAGCUUUUAACAAUUUCAUGAUUUCAUGUUUACAAACUAGCCAUUUUUUCUGUGCCUAGGAAAUCCACCAUUUGUUAACCGACGACGAGAGAGAGUUGAUUUUUGGCCACCCAUUUCCAGAGUAUGGUAAGAAAAUGAUUUCAAUUAAAGCUAUGCUAAGCUAUAAAUGAAAUGAAUUUUAGAGUUUUCGUCUACAUUUAAAUAGAAAAAUAAUAAUGUCUUUAUAGCUUAUUUGUACCGGUUUGGACAAUAAGUUAAAUAGGAAAAGCUAUCCGACCUUCGCGUAUUUCUCCGGUCAAGCUGAUGAUCAGAACUAUUUUUCCUUUAGAUUUAAGAAAAGAGCUAUCUUAGAAACUGGGAUAAGCUCAUUUUUCCAUUGCAUCCCAACUCUAUCAUUCAUUCCAAAAUAGAGAUUCGUCUUGUUUAUGCCGUUUUGUUUUGUUAUUCGAAAUUCAGUUAACGGUCAAAUCUUGAAUCGGUAAAUUAUUCAUUCAUAUAAUAAGCAAUGACGGACAUAAAAGUUAUUUAUAUGUUUGAGCACUUCUUACAAUAAGCUUAGAAUACAAAUAACAUAAGUCAACUAGGGGUCAUUCGACACGAUUUUUAGAAGAUCAUCCUUCGUAGCAGUUGGCUCUUGUCCAUUUUUCAAUCCUGGAAAUAACAUGUGUGGGGUUAAUACCUAAAACACUGGAAAAAAACACAUAAGCAUCAACGACAUGAACCCUUGCUUUAAUUUAAGGGUCGCAGUUUGACGAAUUUUUUAACAAAAAAGAUGUAACUUCCUUUCAUAUCCUAAGGUAGUUUUCCAGGCCCGACAAUAACCGUUAAGGUUUUGAAAUAGUAUGAUCAUAGGUAUUUCAGUCUAAUCACAAAUUUAAAAUAACGCAUUGAGGCGUGCAUGCAAUAAAGCUUGAUAUCUUCUUAUGCAAUUAUACGCCUCAUGAAAUGAAAAUAGUAAACAAAUCAAGAUUUGUUCAGGUCUGUUUGUUUCUGGUAUGAACUCCUGCUGCUAUGAAUUGUCAACAGCUUGUUUUAUCAUUUUUCCAUGAUCCAACAAACAUUCCAGACAAGGUAUCAGACACUGGAAAAUUGCUACCUAAGCCCCGUCCACAUACACACGGAUAUUUUUUAAUACGCAACUUUCUCUUUGUGGAUUGGGCUUCCGUCCACACGCCAUCAGGUGAGUCCGGUAUACGAAUCCGCAAUGUUUUUAAUCCAUCUCCGCUCCAGAGUGGAAAUUUUUAAUUAUUCUAUGAAACCGGAACCGUGUAGACGCCAAUCCCGGGUAGUUUCUUAUCCAGGGACGUAACAAGAUCUGGCCCAGUUCCUUACCGUGAUGGUGCCAAGCGCAAUAAUUGCUUCUUUAAUACUUCAUGGAAUUCAGUUUCAUGUCUUAUAAACGCGUGUGCAUUCCUGUACUUUUAGUUAUUCCCGACCGGCUGCUCGACAUUCUGAGGCUUUUUUCCAUGUCAGCCGGAGAAUGAUGGCGAGAAAACUUUCGCAUCAGCAGAAGAUCACUUUUCAAAUUAGCUGACGAACUGAGAGUGAGCGUGGGUGGACAAAUUCGAUUUGAACGUGUGGGCGUGGAAAUUUUUGAAUCCGCAAAAAGAAAUUUGUGGAUUCAAAAGUAUCCGGAUACUUGUGGACGGGGCCCUAGAUAUUCCACCACCAAUUACUUUCAUUCGCGCAUCCACCAAAUCGAAGCUUUGUGCGUUUUCCCGCUUUUUGACUGACCUAUCAGGAACGAGUGAUGUCUGAAAAAGGAUAGCUAUUUUCAUCUCCUAAAAACGCUUUCGACUUUUCUUUACUUGUCUGCUAGACUUGCUAACAAGGCGACUUUUUUCCUCUCAGAGAUUAAACCUACUAAAGUACUUCUACUCGUCCCCUUGACUUUAAAUAGCCUGGCAAACCGCGUGCAUUUUCGUGCCUUCACAAGCCAAAAAAAUUGCCUGCUUCUAGCUAUCAACAGGACCCCAUAUAUAUAACCUCUUGCUGUCAGUUGGUUUGUUUAUUUGCCUGCUAUACUGACAGCACCAAGGGCUUUUUAAAAACAUCUCAUUUUUCCUUGUUGGUAUGUUUUACACACAGUUCCAGAGUACGACAUAUCUCAUCCUGUUCAAGUUGAUGAAAGCGGCAGGUUCUUAUCACGUGACCUAGCAAAUGGCAAUGCUCGUCGAAAGAGAGAUGUAGGAAGUUCUGUCCAAGAGCCUGUAUACUUUAAACUCUCAGCUUUUGGGCAAGAUUUCCACUUGAAUGUCACACUGAAUCAUCAGUUAUUCUCGUCCCAUUUUGAGGUAGAGAUUCGAGGAAACAGCUCAGAAUUUCAUUAUGACAUUGAACACUGCCAUUACAUUGGGCAGCUAAUUUCUCCUGAAGGAAAAAGAAACAAAGUAGCACUUAGCAACUGCGAUGGACUGGUAAGCUAUAUGUCGUUAAUAUAUCGAGAGAUGUGGGUUGAGAGGAGUUUAAUACAAUGCCCUGAGCUAUCCGUAAAACAACCGCAACGUUAACGCCUACCAUGCCCUAAAAAAAUAAUGCGCAAGUCCCAGGAGAUUAAAACCGCGAUAAUUUACUAGUUACGUAUUAGAAAUGUUGUAAUGGCUGCAUCUCUCACGGAUUUGUCACGGUCAUGCGUUACCUGAUUAAAAAUUCCUAAUGUCGAGAAACGUGCAUCCUUUUUUUUUCCUGAACGACUGAAGUGAUCCUCAAAUUAAUCUGCAAUUUCUACCUUUCAUCAAGACGACGAACAUCCCAUAUAGGAGUCCCUUCGGCUCACUCAGGACCGGUGCACGAGGAUAACGGCUUUUCUGAAGUUUCCAGCACAAAGUAUUCUAUACAAAUUCAAAUGAAAAAAAGAACGUAAAUAAAUAGGAGCUGACUAGGAAGCCAGAUAAGAAUGGACGUAAAAGUUUACCGUAUUUAUUCAACUAACCGCCCUGGGCGCUUAUUAAAUUUUUGGACCUUGGGAGUGGGCCCUUAUUCAAGGAUGGGCGCUUAUUAAGACGGAAUCCACAAGGAAAUUGAGUAAUUUUAUUUCUGAGAGGACAAAAACCUUGUACCAGAAUAAUUUAAAGAAUAUUGCAUUCUCUUUUGCAUUUUUCAAGGGCUAAAGAUGUAAGUAGUCAUCUGUAAUAACACCAAAGAAAAUUUCUCAUGGGAGUCCGAGAAAAUUAAUGUCAAAUUUCACAAAAAUUGUGAAAACACAGGCAAAAUUCUGGAAAUUUUAUGUGUAACAGGUAAUUUUAUGAAAUUUGACCUUUAUUUUCUCUGGCUCCCAUAGGAAAAUGGUCUUUUGUGUUAUUAUAGAGAUGGCUAAUUACAUCUUUAACCCCUGAAAAAUGUAAAAAAGAAUGCAAUAUGCUUUAAAUUAUUCUGGUACAAGGUUUUUGUCCACUGAUAGUUAAAAUUAGUCGAUUGCCUGGUGGAUUCCGUCUUUAAUUUUCACCAUUUUCAGCAAGUGUAGUAUAUUUAUUUCGCUACAAAACAAUAAAUGGUAGUAACAAAACGCGAAGAUGUAACAAAGCAAGGUUUCUGUAAAAAACUCUGAAGAAAACUCCGCCUUUGGGGAAGUCUCUUGAGUACUUAUUAAUAUUUUGGGGGGGGUUGGGAGGAUGAAGAGGGGUCGGGUGGGGGUGGGCGCUUAUUCGAGGCUGGGCGCUUAUUCGAAGUGGGCGCUAAUUCGAGGUUGGACGCUUAUUCGAAUAAAUACGGUAAUUUCAACUGAUAUAGAAAUAAUUCUGGAAGAAUUUUUCUCAAUUUUUCUUUUCUGUCUGUUUUUAUAACAAUGAAUACACGCAGCAAGGAUUAAUUCGCACUCCAGAGGACGUUUUGAUGGUACAUCCACUGCCUGACCGACUGGGACUGGAGAAAAACAAAACACGAGCCCACGUGAUCCAUAAAAGAUCCUUAGCCCCACAAAAGACUCUCAGAAGGGCCAUGCAAGACGAGAAAAGAUCUGCCGGCUGGUGUGGAGUACAAGGUAUUUUUUGAAUGAUUAAAACAUUCAUCCUCUUGAGCAAGUUGGAGAGCUUUGACUGACGACCAUCUCGAGUAAAUCAGUUAAUUGGCUGAAAGUUUUUCGCAUGCCUUGAAAGAGAUUUUGCUCGCUGGACAUCAUUUUUCCUAAUUUUUUUAAAAAACAAUGUUUCAUUUGAGAACUAAGUGGCCUUCAUCGGGAAUUUCAAGUUAACAGCUCAACUAAAUCAUCUCUUUGUUAAGUUGUUUAAAGCACCGCAUGUGUGGCUAAUCUGGCAAGGCCAUACUAACAUAAGCUAACUGACCAAUUAACAAUUCGCAUAGAGCGUACAGCAAAUAAAAACGCGAGAAAAUGGGUUUAAUAUUGCUACUAGAUUAAAAAUUUUAAAACAUAGCCCCUACUAUAUAUCCGGGUACAGAUUGUCAUCAGGAAAACAGCCACAAUGAAUAUUAACUAUAUGAAGUAAGUAGCAAUUGUCGCUGUAUAUUAACGAUAAAUGCUACUUAAGCAAAAUUAAUUUACGUUCCCAUUCGGCGAUGAUAACUAGCAAAGCCCUUCAUUGUUUUUGCACAACUUGCUUCUUUUCUUUGCUUCAAAUUUUCAGGCCACUCAGCACUUCAGCAGUCCGACGAAAACGAAUCACACAUGAAUUAUCCUCGUUCAUCAUUGAACCGUAAACGAACCAUUGAAUCCUUGAUUGUCGUAGAGAAAAUCAUGACGAAGUUUUAUGGAAUCAAUCAGAUAAAGAAAUACGUUCCCACUAUUGUCAACAUGGUAUAACCCAUAACCUAGCUAUGCAAACAUUUACAAAUGUAUCAAGAGAUCAGGAGCACCCAACGUCAAUUUUCGGAAAAUAACUGUUCGGAAGACGAUUUGAGAUCUAGAAUUUUCGGUGCAUUUGUUGUCAAAUUUCUUGCUUGCCUGCCUCUCCUAGGAUUUUUGAACAUCUAAAAAAUGGUAUAGUUGCCCAUUUUUAACCGAUUUUUACCCUAAAAAGGGUCAUCUAGAAUUUUCGGGAGCCUUUUCUCUGGCUGAAAUUUUCGAAAAGGUAAGUUUUGAUUCCUAUAAUUUUCGGAUCGCUAGACUUUCAGCUACGAAAUCCGAACAGAUGAAACACUUUUAGGGGAUAAAAAUAUGCCUUUAUCUACCGUUUAAAGACUAAAAUACGUUUAACAAUGCUGAUGUUUUAAUAAGUGGUUUUGAACUAUAUUCUCGUUGGGUGCCCCUGAGAGAUGAUAUAGGCCCUAUUCAAACGAAACGAUCACGUUUGAUCAACUUCAUUGAAUUGAACAUUUUGGACGAAAUUUAUUAGAUCUGUUUGAUCACCUCGCUAGACAGUGUUAGGUGGGAUUAAAUCUGUUUUAAUUUCAAACGUUUUAUCCAAAAUCAUCUAAAACUUUGUUGCAGUUGACGAGCUUGCAUCACACUGGUAACGUUUGGACAGUUUUGGCAACAAGUGUAGGGCGUGCGCAUGUUCAGUCUAGUAACUGAUUUUGAUAAGCAAACAUGCCUUUUGAACUUUGAUCAAAUAUUACUCAGAUUUGGGUGGGAUUUUGCCCAACAUUCCCAUGCGCCUUUAUCGGGCUAUAGAUAGCAAUGAGUCCAUUUAACGGUCCCUUGAAGUAACAUAUUCGUAUAGUUUAAGGAAAAAUGGGACAUUAUGAGGACUUUUUCAAUAUAACAUACCAAACCCGACACAAUUCUUAAGCCUGUCGAAAUGUGCGACACACUCGCUGCCGAUAUGACAUAGAUCAUUAAAUGCCCUCAGUGUCACAAACCAAGAGCCAUUUUUCGCAGAUCUAAUUAAUGAGGAUAUUCAGAAUGACUCUUUACCUUUUUUUUUCUUCAGGCGCAUGGAUUACUAUCAGAUGCUUCUAUUGGAGCGGAUAUCAAGUACAUUAUCCAAAAACUACUGAUUCUCCAACAAGACAUGGUAGGUCUUGAAAAAUAUAGACUGGGAGAGAAAAAUUUUUCAAAUGAAUGAACGUGUCAGGGAAGAGAGAAAUUAUUAGUAUAACAAUUUAGGGUGAAUGCUGCUUUGACUUCGGAACUGUGAAACAAGGGUUUCAGAAUCGUUUUGUUGGGCAUUUUUAUUGAUUUGUUUUAUCCAGACGUUCGCAAGGGUCUACAUAACUGAACACAAAAACGUCAAAUAGAAUUUGUUACCCCACCUGCAUCUGGGACUGGACCAUGAUCAGCAACCACGCGCAAAUGUAACAGUGAACUUUCCUAGUCCCUAUACGGCGUCGUCUCGGUUAAUGUAUUUCGGUGACGUAUCCGAGACUUGGACCACGUGGACCAAAACGCAUAGGCCGUGCGGAAUAAUGAGAUCUAGAGCUAGGCAAACGGUGAACAAGCUCACUGUUGCAGGAGAAAAGUUCACGAAUUGUUUGUUAAUUACUGCCGUUGUAGCGUCAGAAUUUUAUAUGUAUUUCCUGUCUUCAACAGUACAUCUGAUAUUGAAGAUUGGGUAGAUAUACUCCACCAAGCCCACAGAAAAAUUACUGAGUAGCGUCGCUUAUAGCCUUCUACACAACCCAGUCCCCAGGAAUUUCCCCCUUCCAUUUCCUAAGGAAAAAGAAAAGCCCUGGGGACGAGUUUCCCUCUACACCACCACGGAUCACACAGCGGGACUUCGAUUGACGAUUUUAAAACAUACGGGGUGGUCUUAAUUUCCGAGAUCUUAGAAGGCAGUCCUUAAACUCAUAAAUUCUGUUUUGAUUUAUUUGUCUUUCUCUAGAACAACCUUGAGAUAAACACGCAUGCAGCUAGUACUCUGUCAAGUUUCUGUAAAUGGACCACAGGGCAAAAUGAGCCAGAUGACAAAAACCCAAAGCACUUCGACCAUGCUGCCCUUUUUUCCAAGUAAGAUGCAACUUUAUCUUAAUUCUUGCAAACUGAAUUUUAGGAAAGAAGAGGUUAACAAUCAGGGAGAGGUAUUCUAGUAUUUAGUAUACUCUAGCUACAACCCCGGACAAAACUGUUGAGACAAUUCCAUCUAUUUUCUAACUUUUGCGCCCUACUCCCGUCUCCCCUAAACACAAAAAGUAAACCCCCUCCCCACCCCCUAUUCAAAGUUGCCUUGGUCUAAAAACCAACGUGUAUAACUGCCAUGCUAUCCUAAACAACUUUGGAUAAGGGGAGGGGGGAAAUCGGGCAUUCAUUUGGCGGAGGCUUCAGUUUUUGCCGGGAUGACAGGAAAAAAUAGGCAUUUUUGCCAUUUGUCUCAACAGGUUUUGUCCGGGGUUGUAGCACCAAGCUCUGCAGUGGAAUUUUAUUUGGCAGCUGGAAAAUGUAUCUGUGAGAUUAUGCUCGGGUUAGCUUCCGGUUGGACAGAGUAAUCGAUUGAUUCACCAAUAUCAGCUAAUUUAAAAAGCCGUGUUGUUCAUGAGCUGUAUGUCCAAAUUGACGUCAAUUCCAAUAUGUUAGCAUUGAAGGGAUUUUCGGCAAUCUGCUCAGCCUUACGUUCUCAGUCUUUCCUUGACUGAACGUUGACAAUCUGCGAUGCACUGAGUCCCGUCAUAAUUCAGAUCCGUAUUAACCAGUGUCCGUAUUAACCAGGUUAAUUUUAGACAAAACAAAUGAGCUUUUCGUCGGGAUAAACGAAACGGUCCAUCAUAUACAGGUGUCUAUCGCAAGCGUUUUUAGGGGAGCUCGUAUUUCGUUCUUUUGUGGGGAGGGAAGAGAUACGAGCUCUCAUAAAAACGCUCGCGUGGGAGGCUAGAGGCUCAGAUCAUUUAUUUGAGGCUAAGUAAAAAAAUUCUUCUUCUGUAGGUUAAAUUUUUGUAGAGGCAAAGGUAACGGGCAGGCAGCAGAUUGUGGAACUAUACUAGGUAAGUCAUCUGUCAAUUUAACAUCAAGCCCUUCACUUUAUAAAAGGAAAACUACAUCUGGCUGUCAACUGAAAAACUGCGGAAUUUUUCUGUCUUGGUAUUGCGCAAACGAUUAGCCCUUAGCUAGUUUGAGUUGCUAUGGAUUUUAUUACUUUAUUUGAUUCUUUCAUUUCCCUUCACAUCAAGACAUCAUAUUUUCUGUCAAAAUUUAGAUCGCUACUCGCAAGACGUGUGGUUUCCCACGCGUGAACCUUUUACCACGAAAAAAGCUCGGAUGCCGAGUACAUGAGUAUAAUGACCAGAUCAAAAGUACGACCGCUUUGCAGUCUACAGUAUUGAAUCAUUUAUGGGCGAAGUCAAAACUUUUGGCCAUUAAUCUUAUAGAACGGCAACAAGCGUUUACAUCCAGUGUAAUAAUUAAACCCAAGCAAAAGGUAUCAGAUUGGAUAAGUAGUCCACCGGGUAUCAAUGAACCAACUGAUUAAAACGAAGGGAGGCAGCGAGGACGAGUUUACAGCGCACGGGGUUGAACUGGAUAUCUCUCUCGGUAGUUUCACGUUCAAUCGCUCAAAAGUGCUGAUAAAUAUCAUACUUUUACGCCCUUCUUUUUACGCCUUUUCCUCUUGUCUCAUCCUGUUCCCUGUCCAGAAAAAGAAAAAUGUUUUUCAAGUACUUCUGCUGUUGCAAACUGCAAUAUAUCUUGGAACAAUAUAUCCUAACCUGAAUACUACUACAUGUAGCAAGUAAUUUUUCUUUUUUGUGUUACGUUGUUUAGGCUUGGCUGACUUGAAGGGAAUGUGUCAGAGGGACACAAGCUGCACCCUCAACAAAGAUACUGGAUUGGGAACUGCAUUCACUCUGGCUCACGAGACAGCUCAUAAGUAAGAAUGAUGAGCAAUUGAUCAUUUCCUACCCUGCAAUCAUGCUCACUCGUGCGAGUUUGAGAUAAAUUUUGGCAGGGGAGCCGCCAGCGCCGAGAAGAAUGGGGCGAGGAACUUCUCAGUUAGUGGCUGUCCCCCACCAAAAUUUUUCCCCAACUUGUCCAAAUCAUUUCCUCCAACACCGUUGGACAAACAUUUUCGUCGUCUUUCUGGAGUCAGAUUAUCUCCAAUAAUCGUAUAUUUUUUGUUUUUUUACAGUUUGGGGGCUGAACAUGAUGCUGAAGGUAACAAGUGUAGGGAUGGUGUUUACAUCAUGGCAACUAGGGCCAGCGGUAAAAUCACAGCAUUUGAUUGGUCACCCUGUAGCCGGAAUUAUAUCACAAACUUUUUGCAGUAAGUUUAAGUUUACAUAUGAAUAGCACUUCUACUUGAAUAACCAAGACUUACUGUUGUUUCCUUGGGUAAACUUUACUCUGAAUAGAUUUCUCUAACCUCCUGGACAUAAAUGGGUGCUUAUUUCAGUGAAAAAAUAAAUAUAUAUAUAAAAUAAUUGUCCUUCGUGACUAUUUUUUAUAUAUCAUGCCUGAUUUUACCUGUACUUUUGCUUCCUACUUUAAUCCAUUCACUCUUGAAUGCCAAGCGACUUUCAACUCUAACGGAUAACAAAAACACAGGCAACGUAUAUUUAACUGUAUGUUACUAUUAUCCCUUGCAGUAAUGCUUUGAACUGAAUUUACCUUUGCGCAGGACUGCUCAGUCUAAAUGCCUGAAUGACAGCAGCGACCACAAAGUCUCAAUCCCUCAAGGGCUGCCGGGAAAACUCUACAACGGGGAUGACCAAUGUGUGCGCAUAUUUGGUGCUGGUUCAAGUGUUUGUCAAAUGCCGGAAUAUAAAAAGGUGAGGUGAGGGGGAGAAGGACAAGUUUUAUAAGUUAGAUGAACAAGACAACAGGUGAUCUCGGCAUAACUGGAAAUUUGAUUGUACAAUAUGAGUAAAAAUGGGGAAGUUAGCUUCGCACUCUUAUGUACAUCAAGAACAAAAGCGUAAAACCCGGUUGAGUAAUUAAUUUCUGUGAGACAUUGUAGUGGAACAUACUUAAAACUAGUUACAUCUUUGAAUCGAUAAAAGAUCCUCGCAGCUGAGUUUUUAACUUGAGCAGUUGAUAAAUAAUAAACUGACAAACGCGGGUUUAUUACUUAUGAAAUUUGCUUAAUCUGGCACCUUAAGUAGGACGUUUCCUUCUACCAUUCGCAUUUAUUUAGUGGAAUACUUGUUAUGUCAGUAUGUUAUCCCAGGUGCGGCUAAACGUUAUUCAGUUUGUUUAUUAUUUUUCUGGAUGUUGAUCUUCCUCACUACAGAAAAUGUGCGUCACCUUACACUGUCUAAAACCUGACGGAUAUUGUGAGUCCAAUGACGAACCAGCCGCAGAUGGAACAAUAUGUGGUCUCAACGAUGACAUGGUACCGAUCCUUUGAUCUUCCUCACUACAGAAAAUGUGCGUCACCUUACACUGUCUAAAACCUGACGGAUAUUGUGAGUCCAAUGACGAACCAGCCGCAGAUGGAACAAUAUGUGGUCUCAACGAUGACAUGGUACCGAUCCUUCUUUAAUCCACUUCUAUUAACGAAACCGCGAAAUAAAAUGAAGGCAAAUUCACACGUAGGACAAAAAUAAUACCUAAAGGCAAUGAGCUCGAUAGUAUUCAAGUGUAUUUUGCUUAUUUUGCUUAUCCUGAGGCUACGCAAGACGCGAAAUGGCUUUAAAUCAAAACGAGACUCCGCUCCGAAGAUCACUACAGAACAUCCCCCAAAGAGAGAAAACAAGCCUCCGGUUUCAAACGCAUUGAGAUUUCAAUUUACUAAAAAGAUAUGUCCAACACGUCAAUUUACUCAAAAUAAAUAGAAACAACACAAAAAGAAAAUACUGCGCAGACAAAAUUUUUAACUUAGCCCUUAAAUAAGUAGCAUUGACUUGUCAAAUAUUUCUAAGCACAGCGUCAAAAAUUAGUGAGUGUCGCGAAGUUUUUUCGAGGAUGUUAUUUUGUUUUUGAAAUAUUUACUGAGUUAAUUCAUAUGGUUUCAGGACCAUAAUUACUGAGGCUCAAUCUGUUAUCUCAUAGGUGUGUAGCCGGGGAAAAUGCCUCCCUGAAGGGAAAACAGGUUACCAGAAUGUGGAUGGUAACUGGGGAGCCUGGGGAAGGUGGAGCGCAUGUUAUCCGCGCUGUGGAGGAGGACUUAAGAAGAGAAUGCGCAAGUGUAACAAUCCUGCGUAAGUUAUUUCACAAGAAAAAAAAACAAUUCAGUUUUUCGCAUAACUACAUCACGGUUUCUGCAUCAAUUUGCCUUUUUUAAACCAUGUUGGUGUUUUCGCCUUAAGCUUCCCUUCGUUUCAUUUUCAAGGUAACCUAUUAUUAGAGCUUUUUAGAACGUUUUGAUCAGUAAGAGACUCUUUCUUUCUCUACUUGAUCAGACCAAAACACAGAGGAAAACUGUGCGAAGGGAAAGCUGCAGAAUACACAUAUUGUACUAAGGUAAUUUACAAUUUAACUUUGCAGUUCAAAGUUUAGUUUGUGCUUCAGGCCAUUUUCUUCCUAACCAGCCCGACCUUAGAGGAACACACUUUUUUACCAUUACAGCUUCUAUAUAUUUCGUAAUAUGGCAACUAUGGGCAGCCUUAGACAAACAUUGCUAGAAUGCUAGUGAUACUAACAUUUCUAUUGGGUUUUCAAAGAGUAGAGGGUGUGCAUGAAGGUGCUGAAAUCUCAGUCAGCAAUUAGUUUUUUGGUGAUUUAUCAGCUAACAACUUUCAGCCCAUAUCGUUAGCAACCAGUUACUCUCAGCCUCUUCCCCGGGCUAGUUCGCGCUAUCCAAGUGAGUGGAGGGGGCUUGGAACCUAGCGCGACGUCGUAUCCGAAAUCGCUGAGGUCGACUGGAAACGAGGCUAAGUUACUUACGGCCCCAUAUAAGGUAAUCCGAAUCCGAGAAUCCGGGGAAGUUUUACUUGUGGACCCGGGAAUCCUGGGCUUUGGAAUCAGUAAUUCAGCUUAAGGAGUCUGGAAUCCCGCUUAUGACGGGAGUCAGGUAUCCAAAGCGAAGAAUCCAGAAUCCAAGACUUUCUUGGGUUACCUUUCUAGGGGACUAUUCUUUUAAACCAGAUCUUACAAGACUGUAAGAAUUAGAGAAAGUUGUGGACUAAAAACUAAACCAUUUCCAGAGCCUUUAUGCACUGAUUCGUCCUGACAAGGCAAGACUUCUAAGUGAAUAUUGAUCAAGGCGUCUAUACAUGCAAUAUUCGGUUGGCAAUUAUCCUCACAUCUUUCUUAUUGGAAACUGUCAUUGGAAGUAUAUUCACAUUGACUUUUACACUGUAGAAAUGCCCUCCAAACUCCGAGAAUCCCAGGAUGAGACAAUGCAUAAACAACAGACACGUUCAGUUUGAAGGAGGACCAUUCAAAUGGAUUUAUGACCCAUAUUAUGCCCAAGGUUUGUAUAUAUUAAUGGUAUAGGUACCACUACAAGGCUUAAGAACUCUUCCCAUUUGUUAGACCGGUCAAGCUGUAAAAAGAAUUGCUCUUAGUCUAUUGAUUACACCUGUCUAGCCAGAUCCGUCUAUUCAGAUAUGCUCGGCAGUGAUGGGUUUUAGAGGAAAUUUCGAAAAAGACAUAUAAAAAAGGUAAAUUAAGAGUCCUAAUUUUAAGUCGGUUGCUGGAAAUAGUCAUCUGCUAACAAACGUGAGGCCGACGGUGCUCUCAUUUUAACCCCCUCUCUCCAACAGUACUCCGUUUUACGGGUAUUUAAAGCUUGACUUAAAGCUUCAGGGAAAGGAAAGAAGUAUAAAGAAGGAUUUCAGUUGUGCUCACACAGGGGAAUCGAACUCGGGACCUCCCACACAGAAGGUCGUGCACUAAUCAACUGCGCUAAUCCACCUUACUCUAAAAAAGACCGGUCCGGCUGGCCAGUUAAUCUGACUUUUGAUAAGGGCCCUAAGACUAAGGAACAUCUUCUGUUUAAUUCGGAUACCAGUAGUUUAGUCUUUUUUAUUGUUCGACUUAAUGAAACUUCCCGAAAAAAGUAAUUUUACUUGGUGCUUUCGAAGCAAAAAUGUAGUAAGAGAAGAAAAAGAGGACCAUUAAAAUAAAAAAAUGUGCUAUCACAAUUCGAUCAAAGACUAGAGUGCACAUCUUAUCCUCUAUAGUUUUUCUAUUUCAGGUUCUCCAAAGUGUGCUUUAAGCUGUGCUACAACGAAUGGAGACACCACAACUUUUGGAAAUGUAAAGGACGGAACGCCUUGCUCUGAUAAACCUGACAAGACAUUCUGCGUCAAUGGACAAUGCAAGGUAAAAUAUAAUAUUGCUUAAGGAAGUUUAGAAAAUAGAAUAUUUGGAAGGUCAUAGGUUCGAAUCCUGUCUGAGAGAAAAGACAUUUUCUCUCGUUACUUGCUAAUAUGAACUAAUAAGGGACAAUGAUGGGUAUUUUUCAGACUUUGCAGAGGUAACGUGUUUUUACACUAGUUCUUUAAACAAGACCUGUAAGCCCACAAACCUUAUAAUUAAAUGUAAUUUAGUACCCACGAAACACGUAGGAGUUCUUAAGAACUCGUUUUAAUGUUUCCAUGCGUUCCCGAUCGAAUUAGAAUUUAGCAGUGUUGGUUUUUAAUUUAGGGGGUGAGGGGGAGGGGGGGGUGAAAACCGGUGUACGGGGAGAAAAACCUCUCGAAGCAAGGGAAAGAACUAAUCACAAACUCAACUCACAUAUGACGUCGACGUCUGGAUUUGAACCCCGACUACAUCAGUAGGAGGCGCUGCUGUCACAGCUGUGCUACCCUAUUUCACAAGAUCUAUUUCUCCCUACGUUAAAAGACUUCAGAGAGUGUCCCUCGUGACUUUUGCGAAAUACCAUUUUCUUCUAGGCCGUUGGAUGUGACGGCGGCUUUGAUUCCAGAGCGAAGAAAGACAGAUGUGGAGUGUGUAAUGGAGAUGGUUCUAGCUGUUCUGGGGGUACUAUCAAUGGCAACAUAACACCAAGGCCGAUCAAGCCUAAACCAGCCUCCAGCGGUCAACUAAAGACCUUCACGUUCAACCGGAAGCCAGGAUGUAAGAUAGGCGUUUGAAUCAGUUCCCCUUCGUCGCGAGCAACUACAGGGUGCGGUCUGUAGCUACAGAACAGAGAGCCACGGCUCACUGGGCCUUAUUUGAAGGCCAGUUAGCGCUAGACUAGGUUUAAAACUUUAACUCACUACUGGAUUUUUCCGUAUUUAUUCGAUUAAACGCCCUGGGCGCUUGGUAAAUUUUUGGAUCUUUAGAGUGGGCGCUUAUUCGAGGCUAUACGCUUAUCAAAUCUUAACUUUUGCAACAAGUAGUAAAUUUGUUUUGUAAGAAAGCAAUAAAUAAUAACAAAAUGUUGUCACUUAUUCCAGGCAAUUCCAGGCUUGGCGCUUAUUAACUUCUCCUACCUGAGCGUGGGAACUUACUCGACUCAGGUGGGCGCUUAUUCGAGGUUGGGCGCUUAAUCGAAUACUAAUAUAGAUAUCGAAGAUCCAUUAGUUUUCUGCUCAUCUUCUUUAAAACUGGUAUAACAUGAAAGGGAUAUCAGUUAUUCCAUGCUGCUGCCAAUGCUUAAAAGUGCUUUUUCAUCGACGAAUACCUCUUUUUAUUCUAUUCUACAGGGGACUACUAUCAGACAAUAACGACUCUUCCUAAAGGAGCUCGAAAUAUUGAAAUCCAAGAAGUUACUGCUUCUGUUAACAACUUAAGUAAGUAAUCUUGGCGUCAUGAGCUCUAUAAAAUUUUAUUGCAUGCAAGAGGCACCCGGGCGCUUAUUUAAAAUGUCGAACGAAGGAGAAAUGUUUAUUCCAAAGAAGGGGAGUGCGUGAAGUCAGAAGCCCUUACAAAUUAAAAGGUUUCUUUGCUACGAAAGAAGGGCUUUUGGCGGGCGGCCAUUAAAUCUUCUUUUUCUGCAGACAUAAGCAGACAGAAAGCAUGACCUGGAACUGAGAAGAAUGAUUCCAGUGUAGUGAAAAUAGCUGUAAAACAGAAAUUGAGGAGACCUUCCUUGUAUUAUCAUUCCGUGGGGACGAUUACAGAGCAGGGAUGGGAUUUUCGUAAUUAAAGAAAACACUGCAAUCCCAAAUGCACAGUCAAAUCUCAGCGCCCGAGGGAAUGGCAAUUCCUUGAACUACCUUUCCUUGAAGUGUAUCAUAAUUGUUACACCUCUCACUUUUCUCCUGGGAAUAUUCCGGUGGUAUGGGGAAACAAGACCAAAUUAGACUAUUCACGUAGUGUGUUUUCUUUUUUUUUUCCAAGUGCUGGAAGAUGCUGGCAUGAACAAUAUCCUGAAUUACGAUUCGUACCUUGCCGAUUACGGUCCAAAGAACUUUAGAGGGGCUGGAACCACUUUUAAGUUCAAUAAGAAACACGAAAGGGAGACCAUCACAGCCCGAGGUCCCUUAACAGAGAGCUUAACAUUACUGGUAAGUAAUUAAUACACCAUACAUAUCUAGAAGCUUGUAACUCGACGAACCUGGUUAGAGCAUUGCUUUUCUGGGAAAGGGUCAUUUUAAGGCUUUUUGUUCAUACAGGUCGUGACGUUUAUGAAAGUCUUUAGAUUGGUGAAACUCGACACUUAAGGCGCAUUCGAUUGACCGUAUUCCAGAAUACGAAUAAACGGAGAAUCUAGAAAUCAUGGUAUUCACUGCAUUGAAAAAUCUAGAAACCUGUCUUAAUAAAAUAGCGUUCAAGUGAUCAAGAAAUAACGACAGAAGAAAUCUGUAAAAAAAUGUCGUGUAUUCUUAUUUCAAAAUACAAAAAUCGAGCGCACCUUUCUUCAUUGCGUGUAAAUGGAAUGAUGACGUGAAUUGGAACCACUAGUGUAGAGAGAUGAUGAGCGAUUUGUUUGUUGGUUGGUUUGUUUGUUUGUUUUUUCUUGAGUAGUAGAUGGGACAUUCUCCUCUCUUAAUAAAUCCUAAUGACCCUUACGUAUUACUUACCCUACUCAAUUCUCUUUCUCCACAGUUUGAGGCUAAUGAUGACCAGAAAAAAUACAAAGUGACUGGCCGGUAUAUGAUAGGAGGUGCCCAGUCUAGAAGGGACCUCUUUUCAAACAGUGAUGACUUUCCAGAACUUAUUCAAGAACUUGAGGAAGUCAAUAAAGAACUUAGUGACGCCAAGAAAGCAAAUCAGGCUCGUGAGAAAACAAAGACUAAAUGGAUUAUGACGUCAGAAGGAUGUUCUGUUACCUGUGGUGAAGGUAUGGAUAACGUGACGUCACACUUUUCCUCUCUAUUUCAGGUCCUCAAAGACUUCUAAGACAUUCAAAACAAGUCCUUUUAAUGGUAGCAUUGCAACUGAAAGAGUGAAAAUAUUCUCUAAUAGUGUCAUUCGACGCAAUAUCUUCGUGUUCACAGCGACCUACUCGCAAAAAAAAAUAAAUCUCCAGAUUAUACGGUGGGUUGCUGCAACUUGAAUAAACCAAAAAAACCUAAAGACUUUUGUUCUUGGGCCAUCGUAGUUUAAUCAGAAAUAAAACACAAACAACGGUGAUAACACUGUGGGCCUUCACUUUUGCAUAUGUAUAUUCACUAGCAUGAGAAAAGUCAAGUUUAUUUAAAAAUGCGAACGCACACAAUGUUUAUCACCGUUGUUUGUGUUUCAUUUCAGAAAAACUUAGCUAACAUACGAAAGACUAUGCAAGCAAAUGACUUCUCGAGCAAUUAUUCCCAUUGUGAAUUGGUGAAUGAAUAUCAGGACAUCGGAGGUUGGGGGAUAUUGAGCGCUAAUAGCAAAGUCAGUUAGAGGAAGGAAAAAUUAUAAAACCGUUUUUCAAAGAAAGUUACCAGUUAGUUUUAAAUUAGCCUUUUCCCAUAAAAAUUCGUCAAAUUUACCUUAUUCAACACGAAACAGGUUUAUAAACUGAAAUAGAAGCAAUUUCCACGUUUUGUGUUAAGCUUCCUUUUCUUACAGGAGUGGAAACGAUGAUUGCAGUCUGUGUCCGAGACGACGAUGAGUCAGCGGUUGGAGAUCAGUUUUGUGAGGAAAAGAGGCCUAAGGACAAGUAUAAAAAGUGUAAUCUCCAAAGAUGCCCUGCGAGGUGAGGCCGGUAAUGCAAUGAGUGUAUAUUAGAACUGAAUUUACUCUGGAGUAUAUGACAUCAGCAAGACUUCAUUCUUCAGUAGCAUAUAAUCGCCAUUUGCAGAGUUGUUCUAUAUGAAAAAUAUUCUUGAGAUAUAAUACUUAACGGUUGCGAUAGCAGUCGCAUGCAAUCAUCGACAAACCGGUGUAGACAUGGGGAACUGCGGCGCUAUAUAAGACCAAAUGUAUUCAAAAAUAAUAUUAUCGUGUUCCUCAAACAGUUAAGCUAGAUUUCUGGCCUUGUUAUAUGAAAGAUAGUGGCCCUGGUUUUUGAGAAAGGGAUAACUGAAUAAAAAGGGACGAGUAAGCGGUCACAAAAUCAACACUCUGCUGGUUAGGCAAGUAUGAAGCAGCGGUGAGACUCGCCUCCCAGACUUGUGGCCAGGAAUCAAAACGCAGAAGCGACGUCAUACAUGGGUUGAGUUUUUUAUUUGUUUCCUUCUUUGCUCCGACGGGUUUUUUUCAGGGAGCUCCGGUUUUCCGAUCUCCUCAAAGACAAAGACAAAUUUUCCAAAUUGCAUGCAGUUAAGAACGGUAGAAGAAGAACCACUGUGUGAAUGUGCAAACACUGAAUAUUAAUUUGUUUAUUUAUUCUUUUGAUUUAAUUUUAGAAAUGAUCAAUAGCGCUUUACAAUAAUACACUCAGUUAAAAAUAUAUUGUAAAGGAUAUAAAUAAACAAUGUAAAAUGUGAAAUGUAAAAUACAAUUGAAUGAAAAAAUAAGUAAGUAAAUUAAUUAAUCAAAAAUAACAAUAGUCUAACCUGUCCGAAAAAGGUGGGUCUUAAAGUUUGCAUUUAAAGAUAGUUAAUGAUUGAAUAUCGCGCAAAACUCAGCGAUAAAAGGAUCUGGCACCAAGGGUAGAAAGCAUUUUCUCUUAAGGCGGCUCCAGUAAAAGACUACUAUUUGAUCUAAAAUAGUAUCUCUACUCAUUGGCUAAGACGCUACAGUUUAUUAAGCAUUGAGGCCCCCUGUCUAGGUUGCGCGCGCAAAGCAUGAUUGUCGUUAGCAAUGUAUUAUAAAUAAAUUAUAGAAUAUGGUUUAUGUGAUAUCCUAAAUAAUCAAGUGUUCAGUGGAUUAUUCCCGAUAUCACAAAAACCUCAUCCAAUAAUUGUUUAAUAUCAUGAAAAAAGUUUUGAGACGCUUUCCGAUCCUUUUUAUCUUUUCCUGUAGGUGGGAGUUUGGUCCAUGGACCGAUUGUUCUAAAACCUGUAAUGACGGCACGCGUGGAGUUAGGUCACGCGAGGUUUUCUGUGCCACAGAUUCACAAAGUGUGGAGAUAGAAGUGAAAGAAAGCGAUUGCAAAGGACCAAAACCAGCAGCUUACGAGGAAUGUGGAACUCAGCUCUGUCCAGCAGAGUGGUACACAGUGCGAGCAGGCGCUGUAAGUCAAAUAAUAUAGCAUAACUCUGUUUUUCCAAUUUAACCUGAGAGUAACAAGAUAAUUAGUGUUUUAAAGCAUAUUAAUAAGUUUAUUUAAUUUAUGACAGCUUAUUGAGUGAGAGUUAUCUAUCCAGCCUCCAGCCAAUUUAUCUUCAGUACACAUACAUGUGGUAUGAACUAAACAAGAAGCAGACAACAACUUCUGUCUAGUCACAGUUGAAAAGAUCCAAAAUUCGCCUAUCAAACAGGAAAGUCAAAGAAGCCUUUCGAAGAGCUAAUUCCAGUCACAAAUUGAUUGAACGAUUUUCUUUUCUCUCAAUUGAUAUAUUCUUACACUGUUUACAGUGUUCAACUUCUUGCGGUGCUGGUGUCCAGGCCAUGGAUGUGAAAUGUGUUAGAGUCCAUUCAUCAGGCCAGGCUGCGACUGUAGAAGAGAAUGAAUGUACUGAUAUCAAGCCUCCUACUCACGUGACCUGUAACGCAGACAAUCCAUGCAAUGACGGCCUGGACGCUAAAAACUAAGGUAAUGGAUAAGGCGGUAUCUUUGAAAAAACAGAGAGAGACAGGUUUUCUGCAUGCCCGAACCAGAUUUUCCUCUCGUAUUUUCUUUUUGGCGUUAAAUGGGUCUAAAAAUAUGAGGGUAUCGUGAAAGUGAAAGCUAGACGUUUUCUUUGCCAAAUAAAAAUGCUGAAAAGAAAUGCUUUAAGACGCUUGGGUUCGGAUCCAAGAUGUAUAGGAAAUUGGUUACAUUCAAAAGAAAGCAUUUUGGGUCAUUUUGAAGUAAGCCAAUCUCUGUUAUUCUGUGUACCGUAUUUUAGCUGGAACACUGAUUUUUUUUUGUCUGCUUCAAAUUUCAGAUCACGUUUCCGCCCAGAUCCUUUUCAGAGGGUAUUCAGUAGUUAAGACUACUUCAUGUAAAUACACGUACUUAAGUUAUGUGAUUGAAAUUUUACUUAUUUUACUAGUUUUGUCUCAGAUAAUUUCAAAGUAAUCACAUUUUGUUUACUAACCUUUAACUUUUUCAUCAGCAACUUUGAGGGUCUCAAUGGGGUUAACCGAUAGGCGUAAAACGGCCAAAAAUUUAGUCGAUAGCCGUAAAAAUUGAAAAAUUUUAACCGUUAGCCGUAAAUAGGGUAAAAAAAAGUUAACCGUAAAAGAAAUUGUAAUUUGUGCUUGCGUGAUUAGCGCGCGAAAAACCAAACAACUUGACGCCGCAACCAUGUUUACAUACUCUCAUGCAAACACUGCUCUCGGCCAAUCAGAGCGCGCGUACUAUCUUAGUUAUUUUAUAAAAUUUGAUCUAAAAUAGUAUCUCUACUCACUGGCUAAGACUUUACAGUUUAUUAAGCAUUGUGGCCCCCUGUCUAGGUUGCGCGCGCCAAGCAUGAUUGUCCUUAGCAAUGUAUUAUAAAUAAAUUAUAGAAUAUGGUUUUUGUGAUAUCCUAAAUGAUCAAGUGUUCAGUGGAUUAUUCCCGAUAUCACAAAAACCUCAUCCAAUAACUGUUUAAUAUCAUGAAAAAAGUUUUGAGACGCUUUCCGAUCCUUUUUAUCUUUUCCUAUAGGUGGGAGUUUGGUCCAUGGACCGAUUGUUCUAAAACCUGCAAUGACGGCACGCGUGGAGUUAGGUCACGCGAGGUUUUCUGUGCCACAGAUUCACAAAGUGUGGAGAUAGAAGUGAAAGAAGUUGAUUGCAAAGGACCAAAACCAGCAACUUACGAGGAAUGUGGAACUCAGCCCUGUCCAGCAGAGUGGUACACAGUGCGAGCAGGCGCUGUAAGUCAAAUAACAUAGCAUAACUCUGUUUUUCCAAUUUAACCUGAGAGUAAACAAGAUAAUUAGUGUUGUAAAGCAUAUUAAUAAGUUUAUUAAAUUUAUGACAACUUAUUGAGUGAGAGUUAUCUAUCCGGCCUCCAACCAAUUUAUCUUCAGUACGCAUACAUGUGGUAUGAACUAAACGAGAAGCAGACAACAACUUCUGUCUGGUCACAAUUGAAAAGAUCCAAAUUUCGCCUAUCAAACAGGAAAGUCAAAGAAGCCUUUCAAAGUGCUAAUUCCAGUCACAAAUUGAUUGAACGAUUUUCUUUUCUCUCAAUUGUUAUAUUCUUACACUGUUUACAGUGUUCAACUUCUUGCGGUGCUGGUGUCCAGGCCAUGGAUGUGAAAUGUGUUAGAGUCAAUUCAUCAGGCCAGGCUGCGACUGUAGAAGAGAAUGAAUGUACUGAUAUCAAGCCUCCUACUCACAUGACCUGUAACGCAGACAAUCCAUGCAAUGACGACCUGGACGCUAAAAACUAAGGUAAUGGAUAAGGCGGUAUCUUUGAAAAAACAGAGAGAGACAGGUUUUCUGCAUGACAAUUAUGCCCGAACCAGAUUUUCCUUUCGUAUUUUCUUUUUGGCGAUAAAUGGGUCUAAAAGUAUGAGGGUGUCGUCAAAGUGAAAGCUAGACGUUUUCUUUGCCGAAUAAAACUGCUGAAAAGACAUGCUUUGAGGCGCUUGGGUUCGGAUCCAAGAUGCAUAGGAAAUUGGUUACAUUCAAAAGAAAGCAUUUUGAAGUAAGCCAAUCUCUGUUAUUCUGUGAACCGUAUUUUAGCUGGAAUACUGAUUUUUUUUGUCUGCUUCAAAUUUCAGAUCACGUUUCCGCCCAGAUCCUUUCCAGAGGGUAUUCAGUAGUUAAGACUACUUCAUGUAAACACAUGUACUUAAGUUAUGUGAUUGAAAUUUUACUUAUUUUACUAGUUUUGUCUCAGAUAAUUUCAAAGUAAUGACAUUUUGUUUACUAACCUUUAACUUUUUCAUCAGCCACUUUUCUGUAAAUAUUCAUUUCAGAACGAAUAACAAAAGAUGCACAUUAGGCAUAGUGCAUUAGAGUAGCAUAUGUUUCAUAGCAUAUGUUUCAUAAAGAUUAAUGUACAUAUUAUGUUAGUUACUUGUAAAUGAAGUUGACCUUUGGUAUUUUUGGACAUCAUGAUUUUGUAAAC